CCAGCUGUCCUCGCGCACUCGGCUGGUGCUGGGCAACGGAGAGAGGUUCCUGCGGAGGAGGAUCUGGGAACCUGGAAUAAAAGGGUAAGAGGACGAAAAAUCAUGAACGUUUAAGAAAAAAAAAUUCUUUUCCGUAUCAGUUUUUUGAAAAGAUUGAGAGAAUUAUACGUUUUAUUAUUAAAUUGAUCAAAUCCAUAAUUACAUCGCGUCGAUCCUCACUUAACGCAGGGUUGUAACGUUCCUAUACGUUUAUUUAACGGUUGGUACUAAACUUAAGCUUAAUAUCACACAUUUGCUGAGGUUUCUGUAUCUUUAUUCAGACACUGCAUUCACAUAUUGAUGCAUUCCUGCAUAUUCCUCACUAGACAGUGAAAGACGUUUCUUUUCUGAGUGAUAUUUGAAUGAAAUAAUGCGCAAAAAUGGAAAAUUGGCCGUUUGUUUUAAGCUAGUAUCGUUUGCUUGUCGGUUAUUAAAAUGGCUGUGUGCGUGUGGUGCGUGUAUGUCUGCGUGUAUAUUUGGCGUGCCAUCAGUGCAAUAAGGCAUUGUGUGUGUGUGUGUGUGUGUGUGUGUGUGUGUGUGUGUGUGUGUGUGUGUGUGUGUGUGUUAGCCAUUAUGUAAGUCAGAUAUUCAUUUAUAGGGUUUUCUCUGUUCUUUCAAAUAUAUUGAGUCACAGUGAUGAUGAUGAUGGGGAUGAAGAGGAGGGUCUGGAGUCGUCAUACAUGCAAACCGAUUUGCUGCUGCUGCUGCUGCUGCUGUGUGUGUGUGUGUGUGUGUGUGUGUGUGUGUGUGUGUGUGUGUGUGUGUGUGUGUGUGUGUGUGUGUGUGUGUGUGCGCGUGUGUGUGUGUUUGUGUGCCUGGGAACAUAAUGUGAAUUGAACAGGUGAUGUGAUCUUCUGGUCUGUCUUGUGGAUUAGGGGGUGUUGGGGCCCGGUUUAAAGAUUCUUACGGGUACUUUAAAAGGCCCUAGGGGUCCCUGCAAAGCAUUAUAAAUUUAAUAUAUUAGAGAGCAUCCUAAUCAGAUGAUGUAAUGUGUUUGCCGGCACAUGGUAUAUUCCAUCAUGGGUGCAUCCAUUCAGAUGUUAUCAGUGUGGUGCAAUGCAACCAAAUACACUGACUCAAGUGCUGAUUUUUCUUCGAUAAAUUGGAAAUCAAAUCACCAAAUUGAUAAAAAUGAAAAUUCAUGGCUUUAAUGUUACAUGGGCUAUUUUUAAUGAUAAAAAAGUGGUCCACAGUGAAAGAAUGUUGAAACAGGUGACUUUUUGCCUGCAUUAAGCAGAUAAGCUCAGCUGUUAAUACCCUCUCCACAUCUAGCUGUUUUGAUAAUUAGGCAUGCACCUGAUCAUUUACAUAUAUAUCCCUGUGUCUAGAUAAAAGCUGAAAAAGGUCAUUAUUAUUUCCGGCAAAUAUCAAAAUUUCUAUCAAUAUACGAGACUGAUAGAAUGAUGUCACUAAAUGGCAGUAUUUUCGAGUAUGAGAAACAAAUUGUCAAUCGUUAUUGGUGUUGCUUGUGAAGCACAGGUGAUGCAAGAAUAAGUGAAACAACACUCUUUAAACACUACUAAUUGGAUUGUGCAUCAAUAGAACCCUCACCUUGAGCACCAUCUAGAGUUUCUGAAUAGUAAAUAGUUUAAGAAGUAUUAGUGCAUGUGGAAACUUGUCAGCAGUCUCUACUUUAGUCACUUAACAAAGCCAAGUACUAUGGCAGUGAUCACUCUGGGUUAAAUGAGCCAAAGAUUUACCAUAACUGGUGUCAGUAUCAGUCAAAAUUACUUACACAGUAUCAGCAAGUUGGAUAUCGGGAUAUGCAAAUACUGUACAUCCCAAUGGGUAGCAAGUUUUAGUCAAUAUGUGUUGAAUUAAAAGAUGAUGAUUAAAACUGUUCAUCAAUAUAAAGAGGAAGAUAAAACAAAUACAUGUGAUUUAAUCUGUAUUUACAGAUUCUGUACAUAAAUGUAAACCAAAGUCUACUGAUUUCCUUUUGAACAAAUUAUCUUAGACUGUUUUAAGAGGCAAACUUAGAAGCCACCAGCAGUCAUUUAGUCAGUAAAUUGUUAGAUUUAGCUUAAAUUAGCAUGUCCUGACAGAUGUCUUCAUGCAAGCCCAUCAACUAUACAACACUAGACAUAGUAUAGUUCAGUGCAAGGAAGAAAAAGUCUGGAAAACAAUCUUUUUUGGUCUGCUGACUCCAUUUUACACCACAAGUUGGGUUGGAUAUUGUUAGGAAAUAUUUGGUUCUGUCAUUUGGUUGAAAAGUGGAAUGACCAGGUAGGGCUGAGCAAUAUGGCCUACAAAAUAGGAGGCCUGAUUCAAUUCACACCAAACUUUCUUUUACCUCUUUAAAGACAAAUGCACAUUGCAAAGAAAUUUGGAUUAGGGAUGUUGUGCAUAGUCUUGUGCAUCUGAUAGUGAGACACAUUUUCCUCAUUUGGUUGCAUACCUUUGUUUGAGAUUCUGAAAGAAAUGGGUCAAGCUACUGACAUUGGUUAUAAAAGCCUUUAAACAAAGUUUGCAGCAGAUUGCUUUAUUCAAGGUCUGUUUCAGCUAAACCAAACUUGUCAUUGCAUGUGCUUCUGUAAGAAGUCAUCCAGGGGAGAGGCUGCAAGACUUCGGAGUCAGGGGGGAGGCAGAGGAGGUGAAAAGGAUAAAAGGAUAAACUAGAUUUUCAUUUCGAGGAGUCAACCCAAAGAGCACAUACAAUUUUUUCAUUGAAUUGGUUUACUCAUUAAGGGGGUUUAAACAUGGCCUGGGAUCAAAGGUCAGACCAAACAAAAACCACUGAAAACAAAAAAGUCCUUCAUUAACUUCUUCCAUUGUCAGACGAGAGUGAAGGGUAACAGGAGAUGUAGAUGAAUUAAUAAUAAAAAGAUGUCUGUCCUCUAAGAUAUAAAAUUACUGUGUGAUCAGAUUGCAUGUAGAGAGUGAGAGUUGCCCCUAAUCCUCUGAGUGAUGUCCUAGUUAGUUAUGGGAGUGCUGUUGUUAUUGUCUGUUUAUCUGUCUAUGAUUCACUAAUGGCUUAUUCAUCCAUGAACCUCCAGUAGAACCCUCCACUCUCCUACCCUCACCCUGUGUGUGUGUGUGUGUGUGUGUGUGUGUGUGUGUGUGUGUGUGUGUGUGUGUGUGUGUGUGUGUGUGUGUGUGUGAGUGUGUGCGUGCUUGAGUGAGUAAGUGCAUGUGCAUAUGUCUAUUUUUAUAUCCAAACGGUUGUAAAGUGGUCUGUUCCACUUUUGUUCUGGCUUUUUAAAUAGCUCUACAUUUCACACACAUAUUUUCUUACACAAGGUAACACACACACACACACACACACACACAAGCACAUAUUGACUCUUGCAGACUUGCUCACACUGGCCGUUCUCCCUGCAGAACAAGCUAGAGUCAGCAGCUGUCUGCUCCCUUCUUCUCACUUACAGCACGCAUCAACACACAUACGUACAUUUGUCUGCCACACAUGAAGCCCACAGUCACCCCCAGGCAUCAGAGGAUGUCAGCAGCCACUAUGUCAAAUUUAAAACUCUUUCUAAACAUGCAGGGCAGAGGGUUUAGUCUUUAUCCUGUUUUUUGUUUUAUUUUUGGCAGUAUCUCUUCUUCUACUAUGAAGAUUUAGACAUCCUUAACUCAUAUUGUAGCUUUAGCUCUUUGGGUGCUUUUCAUAUUUGAUCUUUUUUUCAUGGUAGAUUAUUAAGUCCAUAUUUUGGACUGUGGGCAUUUGAACAGAGUUUUGAAAAUGUAAGCCUUGUGUAGCAACUGCUUUUCUUUCAGCAAAAGGCUGCUGGGGUUCAGAUCUGCAUCUGUGACUCGUUAAUUCAUCAGUCCAGCUGAGUGUUAAAGGUGAUUUAUUGUUCAAAAAGUAAAGAAAACUUAGUCUAACACUGAUCCAGGUCCAAACCUUUGCCUUCAAAUGAAAAGUGAUAUGACGAAAUGAGGGUGAAAAAAAAUGAUGAGUGAAAAACAGUCAACAGAAAAUUAUCAGAGCUUACCAAAACCCAUUGUCUCUGACUACACCGACGUUUUUAAAUAACCCGCCAAACAUCCCAAAACCACACCCCUCAGUGUCGAUCCCUGGAAGUGACAUACCUAGUAGAAAUCAUGCCCUUAACAAAUAUAUUUUGGUGCCUACACCUUAUAUUGAUGCUUUACAUUUACAUUACUUUUGCAACUUUGCUGAUAAAAACACAGGAGUCACCGUCUUUGACAUUAACCAGUUUUUUGACUAGUUUUAUGUAAUGUGAGCUUUUUGUGAGCUUGUGGGCUCAACUUAAAACUUCUCAAAGUACUGAUUUAAAAUUGACUUGCCAGUAAAGCCUAAGGCAAAAAAAAUGUUUGUUUUUCUAAACCGCUGGUCUUUUUUAUUGUGAAAAGCCAUAUUCUUUCCCAGAACAUAGAACACGUGCACUUCAGCCAACCAUAGUUGUAAUGGACUCACAUUAUCUUCCUCUUAAAAGGCUAGUUUGGAAUUUUAGGGCUGAAUAUGAACUACUUUUAAUGGUUGGAGUAUUACCAGCAGAGGAUGCUGCUCAGCUUGGCCUCUUUGUAGAGAAAUCAGGUCGAUGAAUACAUACAGCAUAAUGUUGCAAUGCAGAAUACGGCAAAUAACAAUCAGGCUCUCUGACUGCAAAGUAAAGCUUUAAAAAUGUUCGAGACAGAGCAUUUGCCAAAACACGAGCUAAAUUAGGUGGUAGUGUUUUUGACCCUGUCAGCCCUGACUGAUUGCCUUGCAUCCAUUCUGGUUCUCUAGUCUGCUUCUCAUCAAAGGGGCAAAGCAGACUGGGAUCUCCUGUGGGUAUUACAGCAUUACUUACCAUUUCACUCUUGGCAAGUGCCUUAUACAUCCCAGCUUACUUGAAAAAGAAAUAAAGGAUUAGUUCUGUAUAACACUAAUAGAAUUAUUGUCAGAGUUCUACCUUGCCCCUAAAAAAAACCAAUACAGAGAAAAAGUAAUGAAGAAAUCUUUAAGUGUCUCUGUGACAAAAAAAAAAACAUGUGCCAAUGUCAUAGAUCUGCCUUCUGCUCUUCAUUCAUUAUUAAUUAACACCCCCAUUAAAAAAAGGUCUGCAUGGAGGGAGGGGACAUGGCAGAGUGUGUGUGUGUGUGUGUGUGUGUGUGUGUGUGUGUGUGUGUGUGUGUGUUGGUACCAUUAUGAGGUCUACAGUGCAUGCAUGUGUGUGUGUGUGUGUGUGUGUGUGUGUGUGUGUGUGUGUGUGUGUGUGUGUGUGUGUGUGUGUGUGUGUGUCCAAUUGAAGCAGCUGGUCACAGGGUGAGUGAGAAAUGUUGCCUGGUGUGUCACUGUUUGUCUGAGUGUCUGUCUCUCCGGUGUGUCUGUCACACCCACGAUGACACAGCAGAAAGUGAACACACCCACAUCGCAUACACGCUCUCACUCACUGUACACCUGCUUCAAAGAAGUCUGUAAGGUCCUUUGGAGUUAAAUUUGUUUGAUACAUUUACCGUGAAGAGGCAAAGUCAAAUGAUGAAAAAGUCAGCAGUUUCUCAUUGAGCUACCGUCACCUUUCCUUAACUUUAACUUCAGCAACAGCAAAACUAUACCCUGAUGAUGCUCAUUUUAUAUCCAGAUCACAAUUACCUUGUAGCACCUGUUUUUAUCCAGUCACUGACUAAAUUGUGUAUCCAUAAUUCUUUUAAGUAAAGGCAUAUUUGAGAUUACAUUCAGACCAAUGUACCCCACAAACAUUUGGUUAUUUGUCUUCCUCAUUAAGAACUCCAGUGUAAAUCAAGUGUAUACAAUUAACCUCAGUUGUGUUCCAAUGUAGGAGCUGCAUUUUUUGGGGGGAAGCAGCAGGCUGUUGAAAGUGCGUCUUUCAUAGACCACCACCGUAGAGGAUUUCCUGUUUGCAUCACUAGCUGGCUGUACCUUUGCUCUUGUGUCACAGACCCCUUCUCCUUUCUGUUCUUUUGUAAAUUUUACUGUCAAAUUAAGUUGUUAGUUAACACUAAGGACCAACAGUGAUUCCUAAUAUUUUGGGUUCGACCUACGGAUGACAUGGAGACUAAAGGGAAGCAGGUGCAGAGAUAGGACCAGUAGCUAGCCGUGUGAAAGCUGGUCAGACACUUCUAAGUCUGAUUUAUAGUGGACCCAAACCAGUGUAUGCCUCUGGUAAUGUGUUGGACAUUUAUACUCUCUGACAGCUCUUUCAGUUUUUGUCAUUCUUUUCUGUAACUAAAGAUCUACUGGAAGAAGCUCAGAUGUCUUUUCAAAAUUAAAGUCUGAUUUUAUCAAAAUAAAACACAGAAUUGUGUAUAAGGCACUUCCCUCUCCAAUUUCUCUGUAAAUGUUGAGAAAUUAUCAUUAUUGUGAAUUAUUUUGGACAUUCUAAUUGCAAUGUCAAUGGAAGAUCCCUAGUUUUAAAGGACCUUUACAUUGGACAACUUUGCUUGUCGUGUAGCAUGGAUAUAAGAGCUCCUCCAUGCUAACUCAAAGAAACAUCUGUGACAAAGACCAAAACCCAACUUCUCACAUCACCUCACAUUACAUCAUGAUACAGCAUUGUCCCGUAUCACAGAGCAUCAUGUCACAACACCUUCUUUGUCCAGUAUCUUAUCUUGGGUCACCUCAUUGUGCAUCACAUCUCAUGUCAGCUCUCAUUACUUCAAGUUGCCCCACAUUUCUCCAAAAAAAGCAGGUUUUGGUACAAGGUAAAAAAAAAAGCUUUAAAUUCAAUAAAAACAGAAUGAUGUCAGAUUAAUGAAACUUUGGUUUCGCAGACAUUACUGACCACAAAAAAUACACACAAAAAAAAUGGAUGCACCAAAACUACAGUCGACCCUUGGUCACUGACAAGGCAACAGGUACAGUGUUGUUGAGUCUGUGUUCCUUUUCUUGGCUGAGGGUGGGGUUCACUUUAUUUCAAGUAUUGAAGGUGUUAAUGUCCAGAAUGUAAAUUAUAUGAGUUGAUUUUCAUUUCCUCUGGCUUUACAGUCCUCACAGACACACAAAGCUCCCAGUGUCCACUGCAGAGGGUCUGUUUAGUCAGCAUUGCUGCUCCCACUCACACAGUCACACAGUCAACUGUGUGCAAGGAGGUGACUGGAAAACUGUGACAACAACAGCCUUUAAGUUUUAGGAAUAGAGACCAUAAAUUUCAUGUAGACACCACACCAUUCAUCCUACUCCAUAAUUUAUUUUUCUGCUCUUGUUUUCUUUCCUUCCUGUAACUGCACAGCAUCCAAACCAAUGCUCAAAUACAGAACUGUUUUAACAUAAGGACUCUGAGAACCAGGAGAGAAAACAUUACAUUUAACAGAGGAUGCAUCAUGUCAAGUAAAUGGAUGAGAUUGAUUGAUGUCACCCGAGGUCUUUGUUUUCUUUUGUCUUUGCCAGAGGCAGGGUUGGGGCUGUAAUUUCAUGUUUCCCUUUGACAACAUCAGGAUUUAAUGCCAACAAAAAUCUCAACUGGAUAAAACUCGUGGACUGUAUUUACUGUGUAGAAGCUGGGGUACAAAAUUUCAACUCUGUCAUUCCUUUGAUUUGUUGCAAGGCCUGCUGGUGCUGUAAGCCUCCUCUGCUGUAAGCUCACACUAUUCUACAGGGUUUCUUAGUAGCAGAUGACUGGACAGUGCCAGUGUACCAUUUUCUGAGAAGCAGUACCAUACACAGCACAUUUCAAAGAAUACCUACCAAGCUGUUAUAAACUGAUGCUGAUUUUUAUUUAUUUUUUUACAGCUAAUGUGUUAAAUGUUCUUUGAUGCAACUUUGUCUAAACAGAAACAACUUCUGUGACAAUGAAUUGUGUCAGCCAAAGAAAAACAAUUUCAGUGCAGGAAUAAAAGGUCAGUCAAACAACAGAGGCCAUAAAUACAGUAAUGUUAGCAUCAUUAUCGCACUUUAUGAAUCACAAUCAAAGUUACUGAUUCAAAUUGUAUCCCAACCUUCUGACCUACAGUAUAUAGAUGUGAUUUUUCUUUUGUGCGUUACCCAGUAGAACUGAAUAAUUCAAACAUUUAGCACACAGCUGUUGUGGAUAUCUGGUAAGCUAACAGCUUUUUUGCAGUCUGAACUGCCACCUCUGACAUACACAAAAUGAUGUAUUCUGAGCUCAGCAAAGUGAAAGUUGUUUGACACCAGCUUUCCUGAUGAGGCAGUGUAGUUGAGUUUUGGUUAGUUGGAUAGUCUAGUUUUGGUUAACUUUGAGAAAUGGGAGUUUUUUAAUUAAACAACUGCUGCUUGUUUCAGUGUAUCCAUAAGUUGAAAAAGAAAACUAGUGUUAGCCUUUUAGUAUUCCUCACCAUACUGAGCCACGGGAUUGGCAAGUGUGCGUGUGUGUGUGUGUGUGUGUGUAGGCCUUUUCUACUGAAGCACUCCAGUUUCCAUCUCCUGGGAAACCAGUCUUUUAUUCUGGCUGCCAGGCCUUUAGGGCACUGCUUUCUAUACUGCAACCCCCACCACCCUCCACCAUGUUUACCACGUCACUUUAUCCCUCAUCUUUACACAAUCAAUCCCCUACUCCUUUCUUUUUCAGUUUUUUUUUAUCUCUUCUUUUAGCCUUCAUUUCUUUCCUCAAUCUUCUGUGAGAUGGACUGAACAGAGUCCCCUCUAGAGUCUGACCUACUGCCAAAAGAUUUUCUGUUUAGUGCUGAAGACACAGGCCAUAGGCUUAUAGUAUGGCUCAGAGUAAAGCUAACUGGCUGGCUGACAAUCAUGCAGACAGAGUAGGAAAUAAUUCAAGAGUGUCCUUCAAUACUUUAAGAGUGGUUAACCAACAUGAAACCUAAAUACUACUGCUCCUUUGUCUGAGGAUUGUUUCAGACGGAGUCAUUCUCCACCUCUUUGUGCUCAUUUAAACCUCAUCUGAUUGGUUGUUGUACAAAUUUCAGGCUCUAGAUCUUUCCCUUUCUCAUUAUUCUGUCGCUCCCCUCCUCUCUCUCCUCUCCUUCCUCUCUCCAUUCUCUUGCAUCUCUUUGAGUUUAUUCUGUGUGACUAGGAGGCCAUUGUGUCCCACCAUCAAACACAUUGCAUACAGCCAUCCAUGCAGAAUACACACAUAUACACAGAGGCGUGUUUGUAGAGGAAGUCCCCAGUUUGUCAAUCCCAUUAGACCUGCUGAGGCCGCCUGUCUCAAUAACCACUGAAACAGUUCAACAAGAUGCUUGUACGUACCAGGAUAAUAUAGCUGCACAGUUUUUCCUUGUUUGUUUGUUAACAAAAAUAAUUAAAAAUAAUUGGGCUGGUUGUUGUCCAGAGUGGUAAAUUGAACCCCCCUUCUCUCUCUCUGUAACCUUUUUAGUUUCCUCUGUCUCAGGGGUUUGUACCCUCCCCUUUGAUGUCCAGGUUUUGUUGCUUUGGUGCAGCAGCCUUUUCUCUGUUGCUGCACUUAAUGCAGUCUCAUAUCAAUUUGUAAGUUGUGAAUGCAGCUCUACUGCUACCACCUUGCAAAAGGGUUGAAUGCAAAUUUUUCAAACAGCUGUGGAAUUUUCACAUUGCUGACAUUUUAGCAAUAGGUGUGCUAAUGCGUAGUUGCUUGGGUUGUGUUGUGCCAAAAACUUAGCUCAGUUUACAAUCUUGGAUCAAUUUCAAUUGCCCAGAGGUGGCAUUUAUAUUUAUAUUGAUUUCAAUCCUUUUCUAAACCAACCAAGACUUCCUCACAGGAGCUUCAAACCAAACAUUUUUACUUGCAUCCAAAACUGCUCAAAUGUUGGAGAUAUAAAAAGUGUAGCUUUACUACUGCAAUGUUUGAAGAACAGAACCUAAAGAGCCGUCACUGAACAUGAGUCCAUGAAAAAUUUCUAAGCACCAUAAACUGAGUGUGUCAUGAACAGUGAGUAGCACAACCUGAUAUUUUCAUUGCCAGAAGUUAUCGUUAUCUUUGGAGAGAGUGGGGGUAGAGACAAGAAGGGCCCUUAGAUGCUACCACAUAUUCACUUUGAAAUAUGCUUACUGUGCAACACAGUGCACUGUAUAAAUGCAUGAAAUCAGGUUGACUCAAGCCAUGUCUCCAGACUCCUGCAGUGUAUAUUUGUAAAAACAAAGGCUGUAGCUAGCAAAUGUUUUUAUCAUCAGUUGUUUUUUUCUGUUAGUCUGCUUUUUGUUUAAUCAAUAAUGAUUAAGAAUUGAAGUUUAAAUAAACAGUUUAGUUUUGUUUGUGUAAGACAAGGAAAAGCUGCAGUGUCUCACUCUGCAUGCUGAGGAAUAAGAGAGGAUCUCGAUAUAAUCUUUAAAAUACUUUAUGAUAAUGUUAUUUUUCAGGACAAAAUGACUAUUUCUUCAAGCUGUGAUAGGUUCCCUUCCACUAGUAUAGACCUCUAAGUUGAAAAAAAGUGCAAAUAGUAGUAGAUUUCUGCUUUCAUAAGGUCAGUGAAGUAGUUGUGUUAGCUGCUCAGUAAGCAGGUAAAUCCAUUGGUCUUUGCAAAACUCCAAGAAUCUGUCAUAUUCUUGCUGAUACUGUAAUAGAUUUUUAAAUUAUAGAUUCUCUGUUCACCUCUUAAUAAUUCAUGGACUGAGCUGACACACUUGAAGCUUGCAGGAAGUUUUCUGCCCCUUGAGAAAGAAGGCAGAAUAUGUGCCAGACACUGUAAUUCAGCAGUAAAUACAGGCUAAGAAGCCUGAUGUAGUCAUGGAUAAUUGUCCUCUUGAAUCCUGUUAAUACAGAGGAAAAAUCGGACCAAUCUGCAACUAGAUUUGACCUUUUCUUUAUCUGUCUACAAUAAGACUUGCAGUACCUCAAAUCAACUUGUUUUUAAUAUCAUAAAAAAGUUUUUCAAUGGCUGCAUAGAUCAGUUUCAUCUCCAUUCAAACAUCAAUGGAUUUUUCUUUUUUCCCUCUAUUUACAUGAUGUCUCACAAACGGUUGACUUGUGUGAAGUGUAGAGCAGGAAGAAAGGAGCAUGCAAUUAUUGACACUGAGUAGUUAUCAUCAACUUUGUGGUAAGACGCAAGAGUGAACGUGGCCAUUUUAAGGAAGACCCAGUGUUUGCUUUGACUGAGUGUCAAAGCUGAAAAAUAGAUAGACGCCUUGCCAGGCUGUCUCAACCAUGCCGGAUGAGUCAUGGAGCAGUAUCUUCUUCGUCUUUCUUCAGUUUUUUUUCCCCACAAAUAGCUGCUUGUACACAGCUCAACUUCACAUCAUCAGCAGUAUCAUUUACAGCCAUUUGACUGAGUUAUAAUGUUUAAUGCAUGUUUUUUGUGUUCUCUUCUGUAGGACAAUGUCUGCCAACAUGGGGUCGAUGCGCAUCCUCAUCAAAGGAGGGAAGGUGGUCAAUGAUGAUGUCACCCAAGAGGCAGACGUCUACAUUGAGAAUGGCAUUAUUCAGCAGGUAAAACUUCACAAUCUAGCAUAAGCUAUACCCUUUUUCCUCCCUGAAUCCCUCUCAGUCUGUCUUAUACACCCUUGCUGACGCACACAUUCACAGUGCAGUGUAUCGUCAGCUGUUAAACUGACUCAUUUCACAUUAACACAGUAUAAAAAGAACAAUACACUCAGUGAACUCAGUGGCUUUUGAUGAUUAUAGUGGAUGGUAUAAUUAGCUCAGUGACUGUUGUCAUGGAAAUAAGCAUUGGUUCAAGUGAAAAGGGUGUGUUUGAGUCAGAAACCUGGAAAGCUGAGCUGCUUUCUGACUGAAACACUUGACUGUGAACAAGCUGGUAAUGAUUACAACAACAGCAUGAUGCAACGAUGGAAAGCCUUCUCUUAAGGGUCUUUGAUUAGAAUAAAAUAGCUCUGAAGAAUUAAUGAUACUGUGGCUGACACUAAGAAGAUGUUACAUUUACCUUGUAUCAUGCUGAGAUCAACAACAAGCUCACCUUGACAAAACCUAAAUGGUGGUAUCUAGACAGAGCCUUUUCCGCUACCACCCCCACCCUCUGGAAUUCACCCUCCAAACCUAUCAGAGACUGUACAGACCCCCAUACUUUCAAAUCACUCCUAAAAACACACCUUUUUAAAUUAAACCUAUAACCUGUUCGUUUAUUGUCUUUCAUGUGAUGUGUUUUUUAACCAUUUACAUUGUUGGUCUAUUACUCCAAAUUUUCUGUAUUUUAAUUGUGUUUCUUGUAAAGCAUCUUUGAGCACUUGUAAAAGCGCAUUAUAAAUAAAAUUUAUUAUUAUUAUUGUUGUUAUUGUUAUUAUAAUUAUUAUGUUCCUGCCAAGUCAAGAGCAAGGCAUGCACAUAUUGUUAAUGUCCGGGCAGGUUCAGUUACACACCCAAAAUGAAGAUCAACACACCCCCUGCGGUAUACACCCCUGAAAUGGGGAGGGGGUGAUGAAAAAAAUAAAAUAAAAUGCCCCCCAAAAAUUCCCCAUUAGUGUGUAUUGCAUGCCAAGGCGUAUAUUAGUAUCCUAGGCAGCGGGUUUAGUUUUUUUUAUUAUUAAAGACUCAUCUUCAGCAAUUAAUGUGGCCCGAACGAUAAGGUGAAUCUAGGCAUGGCAAAUGUCAAAACGUGCAUCUCCAUUGUGCAACGGUGGGUACUAUUUUCCUCUAUCAUUACUGUUUCCACGGCAACGCCAGACGCCAAAAAGCGGCAAAGAUUUCCCGUGUAAGCGGAUGGGAGAGGGCAAGAAAAAGAUCAAUUUUUUGCAUAAUUUUGACGCCUCACCCUGUCGCCAUACUUUGAAGCUUGAUUUUCCGCUUUGUAGAGUGAAGACUCAUUAUUUUAGAGCGAAGAAAAGUGAACGUGUUAUCCCAAUUUUUAAUUUUAAAUCGCUGCCACGGCCACAAUCUUCACUUGACACACACAAAUUAUACAUCAAAAUGUAGGAAAUCUACCAGCCAGACAGAAAAUGUGAACCUUGAAGCUGUGAGACACUCAGUUUUCAAGCUAUGAGGUUUUGUUCGGGAGGAGGUACCUGUUUCACCUCCAUUCACCACCAUUCAAAAAGAACACAAAUGCUCCACAUCUGACUGAUGCUCAUUUUCUCCAAAUAACUCGCGCUCCCGUCAAAUCCGUAAAGCGUAGCAACUUGUCCUUCUGAUAUGUCAUAGCUGUAUCAGAGCAGUAGCUCACGGUCCAGAGUUUUUUCCGAUAUGACAUGUAGUUUGUCAGCAACAAGCCUUAGAAAUGUGAUUUGAACAAUGACCUUUAGAUGAGGCCCAAACCCUUCAACCUGCGAAAACCGCAUUUCAAUAUCUCUUGACACAGUCUGACACAGUCAGAUUGUCAGAUUCAUGACAAAGGCCCUAAAUCAUCAAUGCUUUGACAUAUCAGCACCUUAUUUGACACAUCCCCUCAUGAGCCCACUCUGAAGACAUGGCCCGCCAGCGGCCAUCUUGGAUGACUCCACCUUCCCAAACAGGAAGUAGCCCUUAACACAUUAAUGCCCUCAUGUAUCUCCACCCAAAACAUGGCCUAAAUGUGAGUAAAUCAGCGACAAGCAGCAGCUAGUUGGCAAGCGGGCAGGCACAUAUCAAAAUUGCCUUGGAAUUUUCUAGUUAUUAUUAUUAUUAUUAUUAUAUUGGCAAGAAGAAAGGAGGAGGUCUGGCUUUAUUUGUCAACCAGAGAUGGUGUAACCCUUCACACACAACUGUCGAGGAGAAGUUGUGUUGUCCAGAUAUUGAACUGUUGGCAGUUUCUCUUCGGCCAUAUUAUGUUUCAAGAGAAUUAAGUCAUAUCAUAACAGUAGUUGUUUACAUCCCACCCAAAUCAACUGAGGAAAUUCCGUGCAAUGUUUUGCAUAAUAGUGUUGCCAGGCUACAGACUCAACACCUGGAGGCACUAAUGAUAAUAUCAGGAGACUUCAACCAUGUCACCCUCUCCUCUCACCUGAAUGGAUUCACACAGUUUGUGAACUGUCCUACCAAAGAAAACAAGACCCUGGAUCUGCUGUAAACUAUCGUCAAAGAAGCCUACAGAGCCACUGCCUUACCACCACUGGGCAAGUCAGAUCAUAACUUGGUCUAUCUCCAAACCUGUGACAGACCUUGUGUACUGAGGCAGCCUGUGACCAAAGUCAAAAUUAGAAGAUGGACACUUCAAGCCAGUGAAGCUCUAAGGGACUGUUUUAAAUCAACAGAGUGUAAUGUGCUGCUGGAAACAGAUGUGGAUAGUAUGAACAUUGACAGACAGGUUGACUGCUUUACUGAAUAUGUCAACUUCUGUAGAGACACAGUUAUACUGACAAAGACUGUUUGCUGUUUCCCCAACAACAAACCCUGGAUCACAAGUGACAUAAAAGCAAUCCUUAACCAGAAAAAGAAAGCUUUUAAAGAUGGUGACAAAGAACAACUCAAACAAGCGCAACAAGAGUUGAAGAGGAGACUGAAGAUGGCAAAGCUGGAGUACAAAAAGAAGAUAGAGAAGAAUCUACAACACAGCAACAUCCAUGAAGUGUGGAGAGGAAUCAGUACCAUCUCUGGACACAGCAGUCAAAAGAAAAGACAGACAAUGGUGGGUGAUCUGGAAAGAGCUGAUGAAUUCAACCUGUUCUUCAACAGAUUUGACACUGCUGUCACUCCCACUUCCACUGCUACUCCACCUUCCUCUCCACAACAAAUCCCCACUCUAACUUCUCCCGUUCCUCCUGCAUCUCGUUCAAAUGUCUCAACCACUUCAACUGCCUCCCUCCUAGAACACCAGUCCUUGUCUGUCACAGAAACAGGGGUGAGCAUGGAGCUUGGAAGACUUUGUCCUGGGAAGGCAGCUGGUCCAGAUGGUGUGUGUCCAAGGCUGCUUAGAGACUGUGCUGCAGAACUGUGUCAACCUCUCCACAGGAUCUUCAACCUGAGUCUACAGCUGGGGCGGGUACCUACUCUGUGGAAAACAUCCUGCAUUGUGCCAGUACCAAAAACAAAAUGUCCUGCUGAACUCAAUGACUAUAGACCAGUGGCCCUCACUUCACUUCGCUGAUUCUAUGCCUUCUGAGGUCUGGGGUCAAAGACAAACUGGACUCCCUGCAGUUUGCAUAAAAAGAACAUAUUGGAGUGGAUGAUGCUGUCCUCUACAUGCUUCACUGUGCCCUGUCUCAUCUGGAGCAACCUGGGGUUUAUGUGAGGAUCAUGUUCUUUGACUUUUCAAGUCCAUUCAACACCAUUCAACCCACCAUACUCAAAAGACAAGCUCACAGAGAUGGGAGUGGAUCCUUCCUGUGUUUCCUGGAUCGCUGAUUACCUGAUAGGAAGGCCACAGUUUGUCAGGCUGGGAAGCUGUGUUUCUGGGACAUUAAUGAGCAGUACAGGGGCUCCACAAGGGACAGUGCUGGCGCCAUUCCUGUUCACACUGUACACGUCAGACUUCAAAUUAGGACUGGGCGAUUAUAUGAUCGUGAUCGACGAUCGUGAUAAAUUUCAGUUCGAUCACGGUGAUCAGCUGUGAGCAUAUUUACUUGAUCAAACAUGGCAGAAAUGUGCGUCACAACAGCCAAUCAGAGUCUAGCUUUUCCUGCUCACUUCUGUAAAUUAACCGGAGAAGUAAACAGAAUGACCGAACAUGGAGCUAAAUGCGGAGCUGAGGGCAGCAAAAUAGAUGUGAGCCGUGACUUUGAGUCGAAGAUGUUAUUGUUGAGAAGUUAUUCAACAUCUCUCCAAAGUGACGCAGAGCAAUUAAGCCGAUAAACCGGCAACAUAACAAAUCUGUUUAAUCAUUUAAAGAAGUUCUUCCCGAGUGAUUAUGCGGGAGCAUGAAAAUGCAAGCGGAGUCUGCACAGCCUGUCACUGCUGACGGCACAAGUAGCAUUAGCAGGUUAGCCACAACUAGCGGUACAGCCACCAGACCAAAGCAGCAAUUAAUCAUAUCCAUACCUGCCAACACUCCCGUUAUUCCAGAGACUCUCCCGUAUUUCAGACCUAUCUCCCGCCCACCCCCGUAUUGUCAUUUCUCCCGGGAAUUUCUGGUAGCAUGGUCCGCAUUCAUUCAUGAAUCGGAUCACUAUAUUUGUCCUAAGUUUCCAGACAACCGGAGAUAGUCCUGUGUUUCUGCUGAGCAUCACAGACACUGGAUUAAUACUUUUACUUUACAGUUUGGAAUGAUUCAGGUUGGUUUAAGCUGUAAACUAUAGUUAAGCAGUGUUUGUUGCAAAAUGAACAUUUCGAUGAAAGGAAAACAAAUGCGAGAUAUGCGAGAGUGAUGUGUUCAGGGCAGCCUUGGAUAAAAGAGCGCUGUAUUUCAUGCACAGAUGAUCAGAGAGCCUCAUACAGGAUAGAGCAUGUAGUACUGUUAAGUUAAAAUGUUUUUUAUAUUUUUCUAACUGUAUGUUGUUCAAUUUGCUUUGUUAUUUACUUUGCAUCAAACACAAAGAUGCAAGACGUCUUAACAAACUGGUGAAAAAGGCUGGCUCUGUGGUAGGACUCAAGCUGGACUCAAUGUAGGAUGUGGUGGAGAGAUCUACAAUGAGGAAGGUGGAGACUAUUCUCAUGAACAUGGAUCACCCACUUCAUAACACCUUGAUGGACCAAAGGGCCAGUGGAGGAUGGAAAGAUUCAGAAGAUCUUUUGUACCAUCAGCCAUCAGGCUUUAUAACUCUUGUGUAAAUAGUAGAUAACUUUUAGAGACAUAUUAUGUGAGACAACAGACAGUUGAAUUUCCCUUCGGGGAUUAAUGAAGUUCUUAUUCUUAUUAUUAUACCUAUUAUUAUAAUCAUUUAUUAUUAUUAUAAUUAUUACUAAUAUAAUUAUUGUGUAGGAAAGAUACAAUGUUAACUUCAAGUGACAUUUUGGUUUAGCUUGAGGGAAGAACAGAUAGGGAACCAGAAAUAUCGUUGUUUUUAUUUUUGUUUUUAGGAUAUGAAAAGAUGUGUCACUCACAUUGGCAAAAUUCAGCCUUAUACAUAUCGUUUAUGUAUAUAUAUAUAUAACGUAAAGAAGCUGAAGUAUUUCAGUGUUGAUGCCAAAACCUUUGCAUGGAACUCUUUUAUAUGCUCAUGAUUCAUUUAAUCACAUUCACGGUACAUAUGAAUUUCCCUUCAGGGAUCAAUUAAGUUCUUAUUCUUCUUCAUGUGGAUAUAUGAUACAAUAAUGAAAUUGUGUAUUUGUGUUUCUUAUCCUUGGGACAGGUUGGGAAGGAGCUGAUGAUCCCAGGCGGUGCUAAGGUGAUAGACGCCUCUGGAAAGCUGGUAAUGCCAGGCGGAAUAGACACCUGUGUACAUCUGCAGCAGACCUUUAUGAAUGCCAGCAUUCAGGAUGACUUCUACAGCGGGACCAAGGUACACACACAAACACACAAACCAUACAUGCUUGGGUAGUGUUAUUACUAAGCUUGUUAUCAUGCCUGUCAUUAAAGGCAUUAAGCAUUUAUCGAUAGCUGUAAUAUAACAAACACACAUCUUCUUUUUCACUGUCUGUCUUGUCCACACUCACACCCUCACCCUGUUUUAAGCUUUGUCUGUUCAUCAAGACUAAUGGCUGCAUGUGUUCUCACCCUGCUCCUAUAGGAAGCAAACCCAAACAGCUGUCACAAGUUUCUGGUUGAAAGCAGUCUUGUCUUUUUCCACACAGCUGCUCAGACAUCAUUUGUACUUGGUUUAAUAGAUCAUUUCUAACAAAUGCUCGGCAUGUUUUCCGCUGAUCCUCUGAGACUCAGAGCAGAGAGGAUGAUUUUAUAAUUAGGUGACUUAAAAAUUCAAAGAGGGAGUGUAAUUGUGACCCGCAGCAGGGGCUGGUGGAGGAUGUUGUGGAUUGUUUUUGUCUGACAUAUUUUCCUAACAUGGGGGUUUAAGUCAAGGCAUCAACAGGGUGUCGGAGGCCUCCAUAAUUUAUCGCCUGUAAGACAUAACAGAUAUUUUUGUGCCUCGUCAGAGACGUGGCGCAGGCGCGGCGCAAGUCAGGUCCGCCGCACCGACAAGGCUUUACCAAGCACAAUUUGGUAUUUUGGUGAGCGGCACAGCCAGGCGUAAGUGUCCCCCCUCCCUAACUCAGCUCCCUCCAGCAGCGUUAGUCGUAGGGAGGGAGGCGAGAGGGCGUGAAGUGGGUUUAACACAGCCGAGACCUGUAAUAACCAAUAACAUCAGCUCCUCUCCUCGCCUUUAAAUCCGCCACCGGCGAGGCGUAUUAUAAUUUUCGUGAAGUAGUCAAAGAGAUCAAGAGAUGUCUGAAGACAGCAAUGCCACACUACAGUGACAGAAGGCAGCCCCCAACAAGUGUCGCUGUAAGCGCUGUAGAGGGCGUCCUGCACACUGUCUCAUAUAAGCACAGAUGGAUUUGGUGUGUGUAAUGUUGGACCCACUGGUAAGGCAAACACCCUUUUCCACAAAUAAAGACACUCACAUAAAGUUGCAUAUUUAAACCUCACGUGACAAAGGUGGGUUGUGCGCACAGAUUACAACAUAAAUUCCAAUAAUGGCAUUAAAAUCAGAACCAUCAUGUGGCAUUAAGCUCUCUAGUUUAGGUUUGAAUCGGCAAGCUUUCAGCGCACCUUACACGCCAAUGGCGAGCACGAAAAUGUCACCGCGCCAGCUGAUUCUGUCAACACCUCCCCCUGCCGGGCCACCACGCCCAGCUUGGCGGACCUCGGUACGCCUCAGUCCCCGAAAAUACCAAACUGGCUGUGCGCCAGGCUUUGCCAGACGAGAAAAAAACCACUGCGUGGGGUCCGCCACCCUCUGCCGCGUCGCCGGCAGACAUGAAAAUAGAGCCCUUUGUCUAUAAAGUCAGUCAAAAGAAAAGGUUAAGGACAAAUGAAUUAUGUGAUUUGGGUUUUAAACUUUGUCUAAAAACUGGUUAAACUUCAGAAAUAAUCUUUUUCCCUAUGUGUCCUCAUGAGUUGAACGAGUCUUUCUUAUUGGAGAGGAUAAAGCAUGCUGUCAGGGUCAUUUUCAUGCCAUUAUUCCAUCAUUUUACCAUUUUAAAGAACCAGUGAGGCCACUUUUUUUGGAGAGCACAACUUCAGGACUGUAUUUAGGCAUUAAUAUAUUGUUUGUAUUCAUCCAUUGACUAGCAGUUAUGAGCCAAAUGUGUAGAGUAUGCUGGUGUAAAUAUAUGUGUUGACAUUAUGCAGAUGUACGUACCACUUAGAGUAUUAUUAUGGAAUUAUUAUUGUAAAACAUGAGUUUAUUUUGAAAUGAAGUACUCACUACUUCUGGUAAAUCCAAAGGUAUACAACUAAGUAAAAACAGAAAACAAUGGUGUAAAGGUGGGAUGUAUGUUUCUCCAAUGGAAUACAAAAUGAGCUGACUCCAGCAGCUUCAAAAUGGAUAUACACUCACCGGCCACUUUAUUAGGUACACCUGUCCAACUGCUCGUUAACACUUAAUUUCAAAUCAGCCAAUCACAUGGCGGCAACUUAGUGCAUUUAGGCAUGUAGACAUGGUCAAGACAAUCUCCUGCAGUUCAAACCGAGCAUCAGUAUGGGGAAGAAAGGUGAUUUGAGUGACUUUGAACGUGGCAUGGUUGUUGGUGCCAGAAGGGCUGGUCUGAGUAUUUCAGAAACUGCUGAUCUACUGGGAUUUUCACGCACAACCAUCUCUAGGGUUUACAGAGAAUGGUCCGAAAAAGAAAAAAUAUCCAGUGAGCGGCAGUUCUGUGGGCGGAAAUGCCUUGUUGAUGCCAGAGGUCAGAGGAGAAUGGCCAGACUGGUUCGAGCUGAUAGAAAGGCAACAGUGACUCAAAUAACCACCCGUUACAACCAAGGUAGGCAGAAGAGCAUCUCUGAACGCACAGUACGUCGAACUUUGAGGCAGAUGGGCUACAGCAGCAGAAGACCACGCCGGGUGCCACUCCUUUCAGCUAAGAACAGGAAACUGAGGCUACAAUUUGCACAAGCUCAUCGAAAUUGGACAAUAGAAGAUUGGAAAAACGUUGCCUGGUCUGAUGAGUCUCGAUUUCUGCUGCGACAUUCGGAUGGUAGGGUCAGAAUUUGGCGUCAACAACAUGAAAGCAUGGAUCCAUCCUGCCUUGUAUCAACGGUUCAGGCUGGUGGUGGUGGUGUCAUGGUGUGGGGAAUAUUUUUUGGCACUCUUUGGGCCCCUUGGUACCAAUUGAGCAUCGUUGCAACGCCACAGCCUACCUGAGUAUUGUUGCUGACCAUGUCCAUCCCUUUAUGACCACAAUGUACCCAACUUCUGAUGGCUACUUUCAGCAGGAUAAUGCGCCAUGUCAUAAAGCUGGAAUCAUCUCAGACUGGUUUCUUGAACAUGACAAUGAGUUCACUGUACUCAAAUGGCCUCCACAGUCACCAGAUCUCAAUCCAAUAGAGCAUCUUUGGGAUGUGGUGGAACGGGAGAUUCGCAUCAUGGAUGUGCAGCCGACAAAUCUGCGGCAACUGUGUGAUGCCAUCAUGUCAAUAUGGACCAAGCUCUCUGAGGAAUGCUUCCAGCACCUUGUUGAAUCUAUGCCACGAAGAAUUGAGGCAGUUCUGAAGGCAAAAGGGGGUCCAACCCGUUACUAGCAUGGUGUACCUAAUAAAGUGGCCGGUGAGUGUAUAUGUCAGUACCAACUGAAGAGAGGGGUUUUGGUGAACAGGGGAAGGAUAUGUCAUGGAUCUUUCCUUAUAGUCAUUUAUAGUUUGGUUUUCUAUUUUUAGGUUGUCUCAGUGUUUUUUUUUUUUCAUAUAGAGAUCACAGCAUUGUAUCUUAGUGAAAUUAAGUCUGAAGCUGAUUAAAAUACCAGCUGAGGAGGGGGUGAGAGGAAUUUGGGGGGGAUUGAAUUGUCUGUAUGCCAGCUUUAUCCCAGCAACCCCCAAUUGCCAACCCCUACCCACUGACCCGGCUGCCAUGACAACUAACCCCCACACUUAGAGGGUGUGUGUGUGUGUGUGUGUGUGUGUGUGUGUGUGUGUGUGUGUGUGUGCAUGGGCAUGGAAGCAUUUUGUCAUCUCCAUGGUGAUGGUAUUAUGUGAUGGCAUUACCUUGGCAACAGCUCAUGUGAAAUGGUGAUGAACCCCAAAACUACCCCCCCCCCACACACACACACACACACACUUCUUCAUUCCUCUGUCUCAAGCCUCCCCUCUCCCUCUUUUCCUUUCCCACUCUGCCCUCUGCCUCAGCCCCACCGUCACCCCCUUCUACAACAGAAUUGCCCUGACAGUGGUAGUGCACUUAACAAAAACUGUAGUCAACAGAAAAUAGAAUGCAAAUAAGAGCUAUUUAUGCACACAUGAAUGUAUCUUGUUAGCCCUAGUUGUUAUGCAAGUAGCUGGUAGGCCUCUAUUCUGUAAGGGAAAGAUAGUUUUGCUCAUUCACAAUAAAUAGCUUUUUUGAUUUAUGGAUAAAAAUCCAGAUUUUUGUUAUGUGUAAUUUGCCAGUGCUCACAAUGUGAUCAAGAUGCAGUUUGGAUUUAUCAAGCAACUCAUGUACUACAACAUAAUAUCUGCUUCAUGCCGAGAGACAGUCAUGCAAGUAACCAUACAAAUAUCUAAACACUUUUACUUUUGAACUAAACAUAAGCUGGUUUUAUUGGAUUCAUUACCUUGAGCUAAUAAGCCAAGGCCUUACAAAAGGAGAUAAGGUAAGGUUAGAUUAGGUCGAAUUUUAUUGUCUUUGCACAAGUGGAUUUAUGGAGGAUGCAAUGCUCUCUUCAGAAAUGUCGUUUAAGACAGGAAAGGUGGAUUUUUUAGUUGAAUUGUCACUGGUAUUCUGAAAAGACAUACAUAAGUUCAGUCAGGACUGCUUUUGUCAAAGAAAACCAAUUAUUUCUGGGUAAUAAGUUAGAUUUGUUAGUUUGGCUCUGUUGCCAAAGAUCUCUGCCCUUCCACAUGUCUAAGUGGAACGCCAGUGCCAAAGCCGGAGGUGGGCAGAGCACACUUCCCCUCAGUUGCAGGGAGAGCAGCAGUAAAACCCACAAUGUGCAGAACAGCUGUAGCAAUGCAUUUAAAUCUGGUCAAAUCAGACACAGCAUAGGGUGAGGAGCUGAGCUAGAGGCAGGUUACAGAGCGCUACAGCUGCGACCUCUACCUCACAUGUUCUCAUUUGAUUAUAUAUUUUGCUAUUGCGUUUAGAGUGUAGUUUGAAACCUAAUAGAAAAUGUGUUCCACAUUGCUAUAAUAACCCACGUAGAAACCUCAUAUCUCCAACAGUUUUUCUUUUAACAGCAAACCAAAUAUAAAUUAAUGUCAGUGUGCUCUAGUUUAGAUCUGUUCUCCACUGAUUACAUCCACAUUAUCGUAAAUUAAUUGAACUAUCAUUUCAGAUUUACUGCACAGGACCACAGUAGAUUAAAAUAGUUCAAAUGUGAUCAGACCAGUUGUGUAAAAUUUUGGCAGACAUACAUUUCUAUGUUUCUGCCGGCUGCCAAAGCGAGGGAGCGUGAGGAGAAAGAGGAGGUGGGCGAGGAGUUGGGGAUGAGGAGGGGGUGUUGAAGAUGAAAGAAGGUGAAGUGUUCAGAUGUUACAGUAUGUGCAGUGUGAGAGGAGCUGAUAGAGGCUGAUCAGAGGGCUGCAGUGGUAAUCUAUCUGACACUGAUCGUCUCUCCUGAGGGCCAGCAACAGAGCUCCUCUCCCCCUCUCACAUCACUCAUGUCUCACUCAUGCUGUCUUCUCCCUCUCCCCUCCUCCUCCCUUCUUUCCCACACUGCCAUACAUACAGAAGAAGUAGACUUUUUUUGCUUCUUGCACAUAUUUGAUCAAGUUUUUCUGUGCUUAUUGCUUUUUAUGGGAUCUUGUGGUUAUUUUAUCACAAAUUGAAUCUAAAGGUUCAGAAAUAAUACAAUAUAUUGAUGUUAUGGCUGCAUUUUAUGGUUAUACAGUCAUUCAUUAUUUUGCAAUUAUGUCAUUUAUGUCAAACUUUGUUCUGUAAACAUUGUUAUUCCCCUAAAUGUUUAUAUAUAUAAAAUCAGAGAAAAAUAGUCAAAGUUUGACAUUUUUGUCAUUACUGACAGUUCAUGGGGGUUAAUUGGGUUCAGAUAUCGUCAAGAUUUCUGUCAGUAUUAUCCUGUAUUGACUCUUAAGUCAUGGCAUGCUGUUUUCUGCUGUCCGCAAAGUGACAGAUGUACAUCCAACCCUCUCUCUCUCCUCUUCCUUUCCCCCCUCUAAUUCUUUCUGUCUGUCUGUCAGUUUUACUUUCCUGUCAGUGGAUUAUCUUCACAGUAGGGGUUUGGGGUCUGUAAUAAUGUGGGGUAUUCAUGUUAAAGUACACGUUGGGGUUUAUAUGUCACCAUCCACUUGAUCUCUGCUGUCAGUGGUUGGUGAUACUGAUAAAGACCCAAAAAGGAGGAGUGCAGCAUGUUGGUUGAACUGUGUUAAGAUUAAAACCAUCAAGAUGGUAUGAUGGGGUCUGCCAUGAAAUCACUGACAUAACUCCCCACUUUUGUUUAUUUCCCCCAUAGGAAAAAGGUAUGUUCAAUGAUGUUGUGGUUCAUCGAAACACAGCAAAAUUAUUGUUGUUGGUUUUUUUUAUUAUUAUUAUUUUGCAUCCUGCAGAUGUAAAAUACAAUCAAGAUAUAGAGGUGCUGAAUCUUCUUAAAGCAUACAGUUGAAGUUUAUGUUGACACAUGAAGUUGUAUAUGUAAGGUAUUGAUUACAGUAAAGCCAUAAAUGCCUCAUGAAACCUUUUCCAAUCAAUCAAUCAAAUUUUAUUUAUAUAACUCCAAAUCACAACAGCCGUUAUCCCAAGAUGCUUUCCAAAAAAAGAGCAGGUCUAUAUAGUGUUUAUUUUUGUUUUUGCAAAUUUCCAAUUUCUUCUCGUACCUGAUACUCCCAAAGAAAGAAUCUUAACCAAGGUUUUCUUACAACUUCAAUGUUAAUUCCAUUUUAUGUUGGCCCCUGGCAAACCUGGCACGUGCAGAUUCCUCAUGGUCGUAAAUGAGGUGAUUACUCUGCUUAGCAACACCAGUUUCAAAUGGUUUCAUCAGAACCAAACAGACCCCUUCUGCAGUACCAAUAGUCAGUGCGUGAUACCGAUGGUCUGGUAUUUCUUAGAUGUCUUUCUUAAGCAGGUUUGUACUUUGGAACAGUCUAAAUUUGGGUGUGUAUUUGACGAUGUUGCAGAUGCAGACACUAAAAGGAGAAAACAGGGCAGGAUGAAAGAUGUCUCACUCUGCAGACAAAUUCUGAAAUCCUGCUCUGCUACAGGCCUCUGUAACCUUCAUGCUGAUGAAAAUGCUAUAUUUUCAAAUGGCUGGAGGAAGAAGAAAUAACCAUGUUCUUUUCCCUUCAGCUGUUUCUCUCACGCCAUUUCUCUCUUCGUCUGUGCUCUCAGGAUCUCAUUUUUUUUAGUAUUGCAGUGGCAGUACAUUUCAAUUAAGGCUGUGCAGACAGACAGUGCAAAUCCCACAAUCCACAGCUGUGCACAUGUCUGCUGACACGCACACACAUACAAACUGACAGUGAUCAAUGACUCUACAUGCUCUUAAUGUACAUAUGCAGACAUACACAGAAAGCUAAGAUGCUGAUGCUGCAGAUGAUUCAUAUUGGUUACUAUGGUAAUAGGAGAUGUGAUAUUUGAUUGGAUGGCGGAGUUGUCACAUUAAAAAGGUGACCCCACCCCUGUCUGUGAUACGUCUAGACUCUGCAGCAGAGACUCCAUGCUGAUGCAACAUUGAGGAUCUUUUUGAAUUCAUGAAUGUUUCAUUCAAGCUGUUUUCUUAUAAUGAUUGAAAACUGCUGAACACCUGCUUCAGUUUUACUGGGAGUAAAUGGACUGGAAAUUAACUCACAAUGGUCUUGUAUGUAGAGACAUCAUAUCAUUCAUAUUUUUAUAUCUCUCUGUUCAUUUCCUUUUUUAUAAAUGGUUAUUGCUUGUUUUCCCAUCAUGCCGCAGUGCAAUGUCCUUUUAGAUAAUGCUGAAUUGGUUGCUGUAGAUGCAGAGAAGAGAAGGAGGAGGGUUGGGACACAGGACAGGCAUGGCUGAGCAGUAUCUGUUGUCAUGGCUACACAAAAAGUGUAUUUACUGCACAGUCCAUCAAAAUCAGUUGCUACAGAUCACUCCCUUCUCCUUUCACCUUCACCUUCACACUGUUUCCUCUUCCUUAAACCAUCUCUCCUCUUGUUCCCUACCUCUCAUUAAAUCUUCACUCUUUUGCCUUCAUCUGUCAUUUAUUCUCACUCCCUCGUCUUCUCUGCUUGCGUUUCAUUGACAUAUCUGCCUCUCUUUGGAAGCCAUUCUAAGGAACAAGCUAGAUUAGGAAAGAGAGGAAAAGCUGAGUUUUCUUGAGGUUUUUGUAAAGUUGUGGACAGAUUUGUGAGAGUGUAUGUAGUAUGUGUCAAUUCUUGUUCUUGUAAUUCAUGUAAAAAAGCAUUGCUUUCUCAGUCAGCAUGCACAUUUUGGGAGAAGAGAGAGUGGGGAUCAAAUGUUUACUCUGUUGGUUGCAAGCAGACCACUGGAUGAUGAUGAUGGAACAGUUCAUUAGACAGGACUGUCACUCAGACAAACAGUGUCUAUGAGCCCCACAGUGGGAUCAUUGUUCUCAGCGCUAAUCAAUCUCUCUUUUCUCUUCCUAUGUCCCCCACCUCCUCCUUCCUUCCCUCCUUCCUUCCUUCCACCAUUCCUCACCUCUCUUCCCCUAGGCGGCCUUAAUGGGUGGCACCACCAUGGUUCUGGCUCUGGCACUCCCUGAGCAACACUGCUCCCUGCUGGAUGCCUACGAGCAGUGCCGGGCUCUGGCUGAUGCCAAGGCGUGCUGCGACUACGCUCUGCAUGUUGGGGUGACCUGGUGGGGGCCAAAGGUAAGAGGCAGAGAGAGCUCCAUGUGUGUAAUGUGCCAAAACAGCAUGGCAACAAAUUCAGUCUGAUCUGGUAGAAACAGAUGUCGCUUUUUGCUCUACUGCUCCUCAAGCUUUUAUCCUUAAUGAAUGACUAAUAAAGCAGCCAAACAGUUUUCAUAUGUGGGUGAAAUGUGUUUUGACCUAGAUUGAACCUUACACAAAGUAGGUUAACACAUUUGCUCAGUGGGCAUAUUAGUCAGACACUAUGAGUCAACGUGGCUCAUUCAGCCUCUGGCUUAAAUAUCUGUUCUAUAUCAUCUAUUCACUUGGUGCAUGUGCCACAUUUCAUCAUACAGAAUAUUCCAGUCAGUAAAAAGUCUUUUAUUACAUUUUUUCACACAAAGAUAACAUUUCAGUCAAGGUCAUUUCAAAACAAUUGUUCAGUUCUGUGGCGUUUGAAUAUCUUUAAAUAUUUUUUAUUGCCCACCCGGCACCUUUAGAUCCCACAGUUACAUUUUCAAGUGUUUCAUUUUUUCCAGCCAGUCAUCUAAAACCAAAUAUAUUAGAUAUUUUUAAUAUUAGAUUUCUGUUUUGCAAGAAUUUGAUCCUGUUCUACUUGAUUUAGAUUUUUACUCGAGCAUCAUUGUUUCAACAGGACAUGGGUAUCCACUUGUAUUAUGCAGUAACCACCUCUAAAGCCCUUUACUGCAGUUUAAUGAGAAUAUUGACUAUGUUUUAAGUGAAUGAAAUAGAUUUCUCCAUGCAGUGAAUGUCUCUGUGGAACUGUGGUAUACACUGCAAUGCAAUGUGAUAUCUUUCUGGCUGCUCCCCAAGCUCAUUUCAUGCCCUAUAUAGCUAAUACACACACACACACGUCUGCACGCACAGUUUCUCUGACUCUCCAUGCCAACACUCAGGGUGGAUUAUCCUCUUCCCUGUCUGCCUUUGCCAACAUAAACCUAAACCAUCUCAGUCCUCAAAGUCAUUUACUGCUUGUCACAAUCACUCCAGUUCCUUCACCUCUGACCUUUGUCCUCUGUCCUCAGGUGCGUAAUGAGAUGGAGACUCUGGUGAGGGAGCAUGGAGUGAACUCCUUCCAGAUGUACAUGGCCUAUAAAGACAUGAUGAUGCUGAGGGAUUCUGAGCUCUACCAGACACUGCAGACCUGUAAGGACAUCGGGGCCAUCGCACGUGUCCACGCCGAGAACGGGGAGCUGGUGGCAGAGGUGCACAUCCCACAAGCACACAAAUACCCACACAUGAACAUAUUAAUGUCCUCUAUGUUAUUCCCAAGGUUAUCUUUUAGUAUGCUUGACAUUUUAGGGAUAGCUAUCUACUUUUUGUUGACUUAUUUUGAAGUGUGUCUGUGUGUUUCUGUUGCUAGAGUGCCAAAGAAGCUCUGGAUUUGGGCAUCAGUGGACCAGAGGGUAUCGAGAUCAGUCGACCAGAGGAGGUAAUUGUUGAACUUGUUAGAUAUCGAUCUAUUUAUUUUCUUUGAGAUUUUCUGGUCCUUUCUUGCCAUUCUCAAUUUUAAUACUUAAUAUUUAAAGCGAAGUCAUAUUGAGUUUCUUCAAAAAGAGUACAAAGUAACAGAGGUUGUUAAAAACAGACCAGUAUGGCUUGAUCCAAACACCAUUUAUCAAGUCUAGCCUGCAUAUAACCACACAGUUUACACAGUGCAAUGAUAAUAAUGAAUAGGUGUUAAAUAAAAACACAUCUGAUAGAUAGAAGUAUCGUUUUUUUAAAGGGAUAAUUCUUCCUAGAUUUACAAUAAAUAAGGACCUUAAACAAGAAUGUAAUCUCUGUGAAGUACUCACUCAUUACUUAUGAAACUUUGUUUACAGCUGGAGUCUGAAGCCACCCACAGAGCUGUCACUAUCGCCAACAGGGUAAACAAAACUAGAUUUUAAUAUCCUGUUUGCACAGUGGGGUGUAUGUUGUUGAUAAACACAAGAAUGCUCUUGUGAUUGCAGGCUCGCUGUCCCAUCUACCUGGUGAAUGUGUCCAGUAUGUCUGCUGGAGACAUGAUUGCUGCUGCUAAGAUGCAAGGUGAAAACAUCGAUGAAUGUGAUAGUGGUGUAGAUAUGAAGUAGACGGAGGGUUUUGUUAUAGAUGUUUUUCUCUCUGCCACUCCAGGUAAGGUGGUCCAUGCAGAGACCACAGUUGCUCACGCGGUGCUGAAUGGGAUGCAGUAUUACCACCAGGACUGGUCUCAUGCUGCUGCACACGUCAUCGUCCCUCCUCUCCGCCUGGACCCCAACACACCUGGAUACCUCAUGGGCCUGUUGGGAAAGUAAGCAAUCUGUACAGGCAGAAUGUUCUUUUACUUGUAAACUUACAUCAACUUUUUUAUUACCGUAAACUGAACAUAUUUAUCCUUUAUUUAGUGACACUUUGAGUGUUGUGGCAUCAGAGCAUCGUCCAUUUAGCAUCAAGCAGAGAGCUUUGGGCAAGGAGGACUUCACAAAAAUCCCUCAUGGAGUCCCUGGAGUCCAGGACAGGAUGAGUGUCAUCUGGGAGAGGGGAGUGGUAUGUACGCUCAAAAGAAAUAUAAUCAUACAAACAAACCUGUGAGAAAGUUUGCAACCAGAAUUUGGGUUACAAUAACAGGAAGAGACCAAGUCUGUCCCCUCAGAGUUAUUGUUGAAUAGAAAGGGGACAUUAAAUGUAGGAAUUAAUUUAUCUUAAAACAUCUUUUGCAUGACAGACAUGCAUGCAAACUGUAACUUUAUAGAGAGAUAGGGCUCUAUACCACUGCGCCGUGUCCGCCACCCUCCGCCGGCGGACACAGCGCAGUGGUAUUUUCCUCUGGCGGAGCCCGGCGUACAGCCAGUUUGGUAUUUUCGAGGUCCGCCAAGCUGGGUGUGGUAGCGUGGCAGAGGGAGGUGUCGACAGAAUCAGCUGGCGCAGUGACAUUUGCGUGCUCGCCGGUGGUGUAUAAAGUGCGCUGAAAGCUCACCGAUUAAAACCUGGUCAGCUUUCAGCACAGGCGGAGCGCAGCUGGUCUAGUGGUAUUUUGGUUGACCGGCGGCGUUUGGCAUAUGUCACCGAUGCCUCACUGGCAGGUUUCCACAGUGUCAGGCACAUUUCAGUGCAAUAAAAAAUCAACAACAACUAAUAAUCUGAGUCAGCACAUACAUUUAGAUCUAUAGAUAUAUUCUGAUCUAUAUCUGAUCUGAUGAGCGCGUUUGGCACGCGUUUGGACACACAACCUGACCAAAUCAACACAGCUGAAACCGCAUUAAAUUAAAUAAAUAUCUAGUAAAUAGACACACAUGAUGAAAUUAACAAGAUAUGGAAUUCGUCUCCCUCUUUUUCUAUCUUCCUCUUCCUCUUAUUUCUCGCGCAGCUCGACCUGGACAUAUUCCUGUGUCCUCUUCCUGUCCUGAACAGAUGUUUUGUUUCAGUGAUCAGAUGAGUUUUUUACUUUAAGCCUACAUAAAAAUAUUAUAAUAUUCCGUUUUGUGAGCCAAAUUUAUUUUAUAUGCCAACAUCUAUGAAAGAAAGAGCCAGGCCACGGAGCACAAUGCGUCAUUUACGCACAGAUGGUUCCUAUUUUAAUGCCAUUAUUGGAAUUUAUGUUGUGAUCUGUGCGCUCAACCUACUUUGUCACGUGAGGUUUGAAUAUGUGCAACUUUAUGUGAGUCUUUAUUUGUGGAAAAGGGUGUUUGUCUUACCAGUGGGUCCAACCUUACACACACCAAAUCCAUCUGUGCUCAUAUGAGACAGUGUGGAGGACGCCCUCUGCAGCGAUUACAGUGACACUUGUUGAGGGGCUGCCUUCUGUCGCCAUUGUGUGGCAUUACUGUCUUCAGACAUCUCUUGAUCUCCUUGAUUACUUAACGAAAAUUAUAAUACGCCUCGCCGGAGACGGAUUUAAAGGCGAGGAGAGGAGCUGAUGUUAUUAGUCAAUACAGGUCUCAGCUGUGUUAAACCCACUCCAUGCCCUCUCUCCUCCCUCCCUACGACUUACGCCGCUGGGAGGAGCUGAGUUAGGGAGGGGGGAUACUUGCGCCGGGCUGCGCCGCUCACCAGAAGACCAAAUUGUGCUUGGGAACACCUUGUCGGCACGGCGGACCUGACUUACGCCGCGCCUGUGGCACGUCUCCGGCGAGGCACGAAAAGAGAGCCCAUAGUCUCAUUUUAAGGGUUGUCUACAUGUGUGUCUCAUAACAUAAAGUUGCAUCAUUAUUUAAGACCUCCACAUCAACAUGUCCAAUAUGGUGUAAGCAUUUUCCUUUAAUUUUAUAUCUGCAGGUUACUGGGAAAAUGGAUGAGAACCGUUUUGUGGCUGUGACAAGCUCCAAUGCUGCAAAGAUUUACAACCUGUACCCACGCAAAGGUCGCAUCAUCCCCGGGGCUGACGCUGACGUGGUGGUGUGGGACCCAGAUGCUACAAGGUUUGCAUUUACACGACUGUCUCAGAAAAUUAGAAUAUUGUGAUAAAGUUCUUUAUUUUCUGUCAUGCAAUUAAAAAAACAAAAUGUCAUACAUUCUGGAUUCAUUACACAUCAACUGAAAUAUUGGAAGCCUUUUAUUAUUUAAAUAUUGCUGAUUAUGGCAUACAGCUUAAGAAAACUCAAAAAUCCUAUCUCAAAAAAUUAGAAUAUCAUGAAAAAGUAUACUAAUAGGCUAUUUAAUUGAUCACUUGAGUCGCCUAAUUAACUUGAAACACCUGCAAGGGUUUCCUGAGCCUUUAAAAACACUCAGCUUGGUUCAGUAAACUAAAUCACAAGUAUGGGGAAUCUCAAAAAAUUAGAAUACUUCCUCAGACCAAGUAAAAAAAAAAGGUUUAUAAGAGCAAAACAAAAUCAAACAUUUGAAAAUGUCAAUUAAUGCACUCAGUACUUGGUUGGGAAUCCUUUUGCAUGGAUUACUGCAUCAAUGCGGCGUGGCAUGGAGGCAAUCAGCCUGUGGCAUUGCUGAGGUGUUAUGGAUGCCCAGGAUGCUUCAAUAGUGGCCUUGAGCUCAUUUGCAUUGUUGGGUCUGGUGUCUUUCAGCUUCUUCUUCACAAUACCCCACAAAUUCUCUAUGGGGUUCAGGUCAGGGGAGUUGGCAGGCCAAUCAAGGACAGUAAUGCCAUGGUCAGUACACCAGUUACUGGUGGUUUUGGCACUGUGGGCAGGUGCCAGAUCAUGCUGGAAAAUGAAAUCAUCAUCUCCAUAGAGCUUUUCAGCAGACGGAAGCAUGUAGUGCUCUAAAAUCUCUUGGUACACAGCUGCAUUGAUUCUGGACUUGAUGAAACACAGUGGACCAACACCAGCAGCUGACAUGGCUCCCCAAACCAUCACUGACUGUGGGAACUUCACACUGGAUUUCAAGCAACUUGGAUUUUGCUCCUCUCCAGCCUUCCUCCAGACUCUGGCGCCUUGACUUCCAAAUGAAAUACAAAACUUUCAUCUGAAAAGAGGACUUUGGACCACUCUGCAACUGUCCAGUGCUUCUUUUCCAUAACCCAAGUCAGACGCUUCUUCCGUUGUCUUGAGUUCAGGAGUGGCUUGACCAUGGGAAUACGACUAUUGUAGCCCAUUUCCCGAACACGUCUGUGAACAGUGGCUUUUGAUACCUGGACUCCAGCUUCAGUCCACUGUCUUUGAAGCUCCCCCAAAUUCUGGAAGCUGCUCUUUUUCACAAUGCUGUUAAGGCUGCGGUCCUCUCUCUUGGUUGUGCAGCGUUUCCUGCCACAUUUCCCCCUUCCAACAGACUUUUUGUGAAUGUGCUUUGAAACUGCACUCUGUGAACAGCCUGCUCUUUUAGAAAUUUCUUUUUGUGUCUUACCCUCCUGAUGGAGGGUGUCAGUGAUGGUCCUCUGGACAGCAGUCAGGUCAGCAGUGAUCCCCAUACUUGUGAUUUAGUUUACUGAACCAAGCUGAGUGUUUUUAAAGGCUCAGGAAACCCUUGCAGGUGUUUCAAGUUAAUUAGGCGACUCAAGUGAUUAGUUAAAUAGCCUAUUAGUAUACUUUUUCAUGAUAUUCUAAUUUUUUGAGAUAGGAUAUUUGAGUUUUCUUAAGCUGUAUGCCAUAAUCAGCAAUAUUAAAAAAAUUAAAAGGCUUGCAAUAUUUCAGUUGAUGUGUAAUGAAUCCAGAAUGUAUGACAUUUUCAUGUUUUUAGUUGCAUUACAGAAAAUAAAGGACUUUAUCACAAUAUUCUAAUUUUCUGAGACAGUCCUGUAUAUUUAAAGCAUGGAGGCAUUGCUUGUCAUUUUCAAUGCACUUAUCAUUUUAGUGCAAAUAAAUACUCAGGUGAUAAACAGUUCCUCUGUCUGUGCAGGACGAUCUCUGUGAGCACCCAAGUGCAGGGUGGCGACUUCAACCUGUAUGAGGGGCAGCGCUGCCACGGUGUUCCCUUGGUGACCAUCAGCCGAGGGCGUUUGGUGUGUGAGAACGGAGUGUUCAUGUGUGCUGAGGGCUCUGGCAAGUUCUACCCACAGCGCACCUUCCCUGACUACCUCUACAAGAAGAUGGUGCAGAGAGAAAAGGUGAGAUUGGAAUCUUUUUUCAUAUAGAUGUCUGAAGGUACAUACAGCGUGUGUGUAAUCUUUUUCAAUCAGAGGGGACUCCUGCAGUGUUAGCCAGCAGCAAACCUGCUGAAACACGUCAAUCUUGAUGUGUCUUAUUGCAUUGUCUGUUUUCACCUUGAGUUUCUUUACUUACAUGUGGAACUUAAUCGUUUUUCUUCAUUUAUGGUUUAAUGCUUGAGUUUAGGUCAUGUUGGAGCUUUUCAGGUAUACUGGCUGUUUUAUGAUCAUAUUUAGUGUUUAGUUAAAUGUUCACAUACAGAAAGACAGAUUAAACAAGUCAGAAGAAACUGGUUUACUUUUUUUAGAAACCACUGAUCCUUAUAACUCCAAGGAACACCAACUUUGAACUUUAGCAUGCUCUCAAAGGUUACCAUCGAAGAUAAGAACCAAAGCUGUGAUUUAAAAUCAGUGUAUUGUCUAUUCAGGGCACUAUAAUGAUCAUAUCUAUUGCUUAAACUCCCUCCAGCCAAUAGCACCAGAUGAUUUGCGUGGGAUUGCAGCUCCAAAAAGCUAACCAGAGUUGAACUUUUAAUGACUCUUACAUUAGAAUAAGUGUAAACCCUGACUCUGUGCUUUCCUCAAUGUGUCCUUUAUAUUUAUUUUCCACCUUUUCCUUUUUGCCCUCUUUUCCAGGCUCAAGUUUAUAAAGGGGUAGCCAGGGAUCCCUACUCUGGUGAUGUUGCCAAGGUGGCGAACACCAUGAAGAAGGAGCUCGGUUUGGGCCCCAUUGAUGGAGAGACACCCACCAAGGGGGGGCUCUCUGCAAGCCGAGUGCAUCAGGGGGUCCGGGACCUCCAUGAGUCCUCUUUUAGCCUUUCAGGUAGGAGAAGAAUAAAAACAACUUGUAAUAUGUAUUGAAAUUCCCUUCAUAAUUGUAGUUUAGUCUGGACUACUUAUGUCAAAGGGAAUUAUUUUAAUUGCAUGUGAUAGUUAUAUUAGGUGGUAUGGCUCUGCACAUGGUUUGCAGAGGGAGCAGCGAGAGUAAGCAGGCUGAAACAUGUCAGAUAGCACGCCUAUUUCAACCCGCCUGCCUGAACUAACACUUUGCCCAAUUUUUUGUGAUUUUUCUUUUGGUUAAGUGAAGAAAUUGUGUUUUCCUCUCAGGGUCCCAGGUUGAUGACCACAUCCCGAAGAGGUCCUCGGCUCGGAUCCUGGCUCCUCCUGGUGGUCGCUCCAGUGGUAUCUGGUAAUUGCCAGCGCUGGAGCCUCAACCGUCCAACACUCCUCGUUUUGUAAACUCAGAGCAACCAGGAAAACUGCACUGAUUUUCAAUCACAGGAUUACAUUUUGAAGGGGAAGCAAAUUCAAGCAUGUCUCUGUGAUUGGUGAAGACCUAAAUGAUGAUCAGUGAUCUGCCAAGGUGACUUUUGAAAAUCUAAAUUGUGUCUUAAUUGGAGUGACUGACCUGAUUAUUAAAAGAGUGAAGGGCUGCCUUUGAAUUUUAAAACAUUUAACCAAAUUUAAGCUGAUCAUACUAACAUUAACAAAGUGUGCUCAUUAUCACCCUGCUUGUAUCCCGUAAGGAACUAAAACUUAAACUGUGAAAGAUCAAAACCAGUACAGUUUUUGAUGGUUUAUCUGAAGUGAUGUCGAUUGAAUUAUUUAAAAAAGUAGAACUGGAUCCAGUGAAAUAUCUAUUAAACCCCGUCACACACACCACCACCAUACAGUACACUUUAGACACCAUAGCUUUAGACUUAUGAAGACGUGUGUGGAUUCUGUUUGUGAUUCAACACCCGCUGCGCUCGGCUUCCUGCCAUGCUGUGGGUUCCUCCGACUGUGUUUUUAUUUCCAGUGGAUGAACUGUGCCGUGUGGUGAUGAAAUCCAACUGCUUCUAAACACCGUGUGAUCUUACAGCUCCACUCUCUAAAAAGAGUCAGACUUUUCCAUCCUUAUUUUUUCACUGCCUCUGACUUGAAAUAACACUCUCAUAUCCCAGAAACCGUAAUCCCUGCAAAGUGAGUUCAGUUUGUUAUAUGGAAGGUAGAGAGAACUGGAUUUCACUUCACAUUAAGGAUAGUAAUAUGGAAGUGAAGCUGGCACUGGCUGGCACAAAACACAAAUCCUGACCAAUGGCCAGAACACACAGCUUAUAAAUGAAAGUACUUGAAAGUAACUGAAAGAGAUGAAAGUUUGAUAGUUAUUCAGAAGCAUAUCAUCGAAGUUAACUUCCUAUUUGUUGGAAAAUAAAGUGGGAUUGUUGUCGGAUUGUCUCAGAGCAGGACGAUUGAGCUGCACAGGCUGAGGAAACCCUCUGACCCUCUUACCUCUUGAUGAAGUCUCAUUCCUGCCUAUCAGUAUUAUAUUUAUACCUGAUAACGUCUGCUUGUCUGUGAACCCUAUUUAGGAUAUCUGUUUUGUUUUGUUUUUAGUUAAAGACUAAAUGUGCCAAUGUGAUUCACCCGUGCCACACCCCACACCCAUGCAUGAAGAGCACCACACGACAGAGACAGAGGAGUGAAAUACCACAGGUUCACAACAACUGGUGCUGUUUUUUUACGAUAACCUACGAUGACGUUAUUUUACUGUUGGAUGGUUUUGUUGUUUUGAAGGCACUGUGACUGGUCAGCGCUGUGUGUGUUUGUAGAUUCUUGUUGUGUUGGACAGUGAACCUGUUGAAUCUGUGAAGUGGCUGCUUGUUUCUUACCACAAAAGUAUCAGAAAUAAGGAUAAAAAAGAAUAAAGUAAGAAAAAAAAUCCUG